AUGACUGAGAACGGGGGCUCCAAGCCUGGCCCGGCGCCAGGCGACCGCACGGUAAUCGGCAUCACCUUUGGCAACUCCAACAGCUCCAUUGCCUUCACGGUCGACGACAAGGCAGAGGUUAUUGCCAACGAGGACGGAGACCGACAAAUACCUACGAUCCUGUCCUACGUUGAUGGCGAUGAAUACUACGGCGCCCAGGCCAAGGCCUUCCUGGUCCGGAAUCCCAAUAACACCGUCGCCUACUUCCGAGAUUUCUUGGGCAGAGAGUUCAAGUCGAUCGACCCCAGCCACAACCACGCCUCGGCGCACCCCAAAGACGCCAACGACACCAUCACCUUCACCGUCAAGGACAAGGAGGGCGAGGAGGAGGCUCCCUCAGAGCUCGCCAUCGCGGAGGUCGCUACUCGGUAUCUGCGCAGGCUAGUGGGUUCCGCGUCCGACUACCUGGGCAAGAAGGUCACCUCUGCCGUCAUCACCGUCCCCACCAACUUCUCAGACAAGCAGCGUGAGGCGUUGAUCAAGGCCACCAAUGAUGCGGGCAUCGAAGUCCUGCAGCUCAUCUCAGAACCCACCGCCGCCCUGCUCGCAUAUGAUGCCCGCCCGGAGGCCAAGAUCCAGGACAAGAUCGUUGUGGUGGCUGAUCUGGGCGGCACGCGGUCAGAUGUCACCGUCAUUGCCUCUCGAGGAGGAAUGUACACUACCCUGGCUACCGCUCACGACUACGAAUUUGCUGGUUAUGCUCUGGACAAGAUUCUGAUGGACCACUUUGCCAAGGAGUUCAUGAAGAAGCACAAGGAUCUCGACCCCCGCGAGAAUGCUCGGUCGCUGGCCAAGCUCAAGCUUGAGUCUGAGGCCACCAAGAAGGCCCUGAGUAUCGGAACCAACGCCAGCUUCAGCGUCGAGUCUCUGGCUGAGGGUUUCGACUUUGCCAGCACCAUCAACAGGCUGCGGUACGAGACUAUUGGACGCACCGUCUUUGAGGGCUUCAACAGGCUCGUUGAGUCCGUGGUGAAGAAGGCCGGCUUGGACGUUCUCGAUGUCGACGAGGUCAUCCUGUCUGGUGGCACUGCGCACACUCCCCGCAUUGCGGCCAACUUCCGCUUCAUCUUCCCCGAGUCGACCACCAUCCUGGCCCCCAGCACCAGCCCGACUGCGAUCAACCCCUCUGAGCUGCAGGCACGCGGCGCUGCUCUACAAGCCAGCUUGAUCCAGGAGUACGAGGCCGAGGAUAUCGACCAGUCUACACAUGCCGCUGUUACCACCGUCAAGCACAUCACAAACGCCAUCGGCGUUGUUUCCAUCGCCGAGGAUGGCUCCGAGACAUUCACGCCUAUCAUUGCCCCCGAGACCGCCGUCCCCGCUAGGAGAACGGUCCACGUCGCCGCGCCCAAGGAGGGCGGCGACGUGCUCGUUCGCGUGGUCGAGGGUGGCACACACAUCAAGGUCACCAAGCCGGAGCCCAAGCCCGAGGCCAACGGCAAGAAGCAGGCGACCGUUGAGGACGACGAGGACGAGGACGACAGCGACUUCUCCGACGACGAGGAGGAAGAGGAGGAGAAGCGCGAGAAGGUCUGGAAGAUUGGCGAGACGCUCGCCGAGGCGGCCAUCAAGGGCGUCAAGAAGGGCGGCAAGGUCGAGGUUACGAUAAACGUCAUGGCGGACCUGAGCCUGACUGUCACCACGAGGGAGGUCGGCGCGAAGGGCGGCGUUAGAGGUACUUUGAGUCCUGCAUAG